AUGGGGAGUGAACAUCAACCUCGUCCGUGUGGAGGAGGAGAACGAAGGGGAGGACGCACGCUGCUUACGGAAAAUGAGGGCCAAGUCUGUGUUUCCACAUUUUCUUCUCCUUCUGCUUUCUCCUCUUCGUCCUCGUCCGUUUCCUCUUCUGUACCGGCUUCUCUCUUCCCGUCAGACCCUAUCCCUGUGUGUUGCACUGCUCCUCAGUCCGAUUCAGAGUCACCUCCUCCUUCGCAUAAUCGAUCUCCCCGUUCCUGUCCUUGUUCGUCUUCCUCUCCUGUUCCCUCGGCUUUUCCCUCUGCCUCUGCAUGCUCUUCUUCUUCGUCUUCUUCUUCCUCUUGCUCCUCGACUUCGUCUCCGAAUGUCGCGUCUGGGGACUGCUCUGGCGCCGCGACUUCUUCUCCAGGAUCUGCUGGCGCGGUGCCGUCGCCAGACUUCGUUUCACAUCUCUUCCUGCUUCUGCGCUGUAAUAAAGGCAAGGCGGUGAAAGCCAUUCUAAAGAGGAUGGACGCUAAAUUCUACACAAACGUCCGAGACGCCGGGGGACAUACGCUGCUGCACUGGGCUGCGCUGUGUGGGGAGACUGCUGUCAUGCGCCUGCUCCUCGCAAAUGGAGCAGACCCCGACGCCCGCUCGGUCUCUUCCUUCCAAAGUCCCCUGAUGUGGAGUGUAAUUCGCGAUAACGUUGUCGCGAUGCGCCUGCUUUUCGAAGCGCUUGAGUCUCCUCCUUGCCUGGCCUCUUCCUCUUCUUCCGCGUCUCGUUCUGCGUCUUCGUCUCCGUCUGGUUCGCUGUCCUCCUCAUCAGUGUCAUCCUCUUCGUCCUCCGCGGGGAUGGCUCUGGGGGCGUCUGUGGGGAGAGCAGCGAACGCGAGGAAAGAGGAGGCGAACUGGGGGUGGAGAGGCAGAGACAGCAAAGGCGCAACUUGUGCCAUUCUGGCGGCUCAGCACAACUCUUUGAAGGCGCUGCUUCUCCUUGUCAAAAAAGCCGGGAGAAGGUGUCUCGACGAAACGGACGAGAACGGCUGCAGUCCGGCCCACUGGGCUGCAUUCAAGAACCGCGUAGACGUCCUACGGCUGCUCCACUACCUGGAGGCGGACUUCACUUCUGUAGAUGUCUUCGGGUGCCUUGCCCUCCACCGGGCGGUCGAGGCAGGGCAGCUCGAGUCCUGUCGAGUUCUUGUGGAGGAAUGUCAUGUCAGCAAGAACGAAAGAAACACAAAGUCGAAUGUGAGCGCCGUCGAGAUUGCGGAAUCUCUGGUGCCGCCUCGGCCUGACCUCGUGGCGUACCUGCGAGCGCCGAAUCCUUCCCGGGCGUCUGCCGUGCUGCCUCUCCUCGACUCCGAAGAACGGGGAGGAGACUCACGCAAGUGGCAUCGCCUCCGUCGCGUGACUAAUCUCUGUUGGAACUGUAGCGAGCCUGUACAGUACAAAUGGCCAGCCGCCGUCGCACUUGGCUCUCUGCUUCUCAUGCUUUACACCGCAAAAGUCGUCUUCUCAGUACAUCCCUCCAUGCACUCGUCGCUUUUCCCCGUCUCUUCGCCCUGGGACUCGCACGCUGGUCCCCACAGUUCUCUCCCUUUCUCGGCUGCCUCGCCUGCACCUCGUGACGUUUACGAAGGCGACGGCGCGGCGGCGCAGUUAACCAGCAACUCCGGUUGGCCUUCGCUGACGGGGGGCGCCUCCGUCUGUGCUUUUCUGCGGCUGUUCCUCGCUCGCGGAGACCUCCUCUUCUGGGUGGUGUGUGUCGACCUGGCGCUCUAUCUGCUGCUGCUUCUGUCGGAUCCGGGCAUUCACCCCAAGCGCAAACGGGGAAGCAGCGCAGUCGAGGAACUCAUGGAGAUUCUGUCAAGUCCCGAAACGCAUGCAGACACGCUCGCAGCACUUGAUCUCAGUCGUCUGUGUCGAACCUGCUGGAUCUACCGUCCUCUGAGGACGAAGCACUGUUCCAUCUGCGACCGAUGCGUGGACGGCUUUGAUCAUCACUGCGUCUGGCUCUACAACUGUGUAGGGUCGCUCAACGCUCGUCUGUUCACCGCUUGGCUGUUGCUUCACUCUCUCACACAGUUUCUCCAUUUGUUGGGCUGCCUCGCCUUCCUCCUCCUCGGCCCAGAUGCGGGAGGAAGCUUACCGGACGACCUUCUCCAUCAGCGCCACCCUCGUCGCCUUCUUAUCCUUCUUGUUGCGGUCCUUCACCUUUUCUCUCUGUGUCGCCUGAGUGUUCUGGUGUCUGGACACUUGCGCAACAUCGCCCAAAAUAUCACGGCGAACGAAGUCCUUAAUCGAGGAAGAUACGCAUAUCUUUGGGAGCCCGUUCGUGGGCGCGGGGACCGCCUCCAAGGUGUAGCUUCCACUCGAAAGAGUUUCAGUCCUUUCUCUGGCGGGAUCUGGAAAAAUUGUCUGACUUUCUGGCUCGGGCAGCGCACCCUUUACAGCGCCUCUGCCUCAAACGCCCUACAACAUAUCUCCCAGCUGUUUCCUCCCGCCUCUCCGUCCUCCCGCGCUCGUCCUCCCCGACCGACGUCGGCUCGCUCGUCUCGGUUGUUUUCUCUCUUCUCCCGCGUUCCUCCCCUGCGAACACUGUGGACGCGAGGCGGCAAGGAGACACCCUCGGAAGACGCAGACACGCAGCUGAGACAUACGGAGACACUUGAGUGCUGCGGCGACGCGGGGCGCAAGGCGGAUGGCGUCGAAUUGAGAUUUCUUCCCCAAGAAGAAAGGCGAGAAUCUUCUGCUGGCGAUGAAGCGCCGAGUCGCGCUUGGAGUCGCAGCGAAAGCAGAUGCCCGCCCCGGGAUGGGCGUAACUCCAGUCGCGUCAAAGGGAAGGUGGUGUGA